CUUCGCCCUUUAAAUCUCAACCACCCUCGGCCUGCCUUGGCCAUCUGCUCCCGCAAUCCCCCCCCCAGUCGACAGCCAGGCCUCCGGGUUCGUUCCCUCGGCGUCGGUUGUCCUGUCUGUCCAUCCGCUGUCUGUUUAGCUCUGCGUUCAGCUCUCUGCUCUCGCUUCUUCGUCUGCCCUGCCAGCCCAUCCUCCUCCAGCUUCCCUGAUCAGCCGGCAAUUUCGGUUCAUCCCCCACGUCGGCAGCGCCUCGACUCUCGACCCAGCCCGCCGCCACAAGUCGCAUCGAGCCCGCUUCGAGCCCGCUUCGUACCCAAUGUCUCCGUUGUGCGAGUGGAUCCUUCCACCCGCAUACACCGUCCGGGUUGCCCAGACUUCGGCCUUGGUUUCAUCCGAGCUGCAGGGCAUCCUGCGCUUGCGACCCAAGGGCUUCCAUGCCUGGGCAACCUCGCAGCCCUGGUAUGAGGCUUCUCAGGACUCGAUCACCAUCUGCAUCGAGCUCGUCAAGACCAUCACCAAUGCCAGCGAUCCCAAAGACGCUGCUGUCGAGAUUGUCGCCCAGACCCCGCUGCGGCUCAGUCUCUCGCUUCUGGGCUCGGCUAUGCAAGACUCACGGGACACCCCGUUCCUGCUCGUCCUGCCCGUGAACCAUCUCGCGCCUUCCGUCCGCCUCUUUGCCGACACCACCUCCCGAUUCUACGAGAUCGACUACCACUGCCGCGCCAGAAUCGAUGCUGCGGGAAACAAGGUCCCGCUCUCCGUGCUCGAGCACUUCCCCAUCGCAAUCUUUCGCAAGGAAAUCGGCGACUCCACGACUGCCUCUGCUCUCUGCGGCACGCUUUCGAGUGUGCCCGUAAUGUGGAAGGUCGUUGAAGCAGACCACAAGCCCACACGUCCCUGUGUUGCUCUCAGUCUGCAUCCAACCUCAACCAGCCACCCAGAACUCGUUCUUCUUGUCAGGUGGAGAGAGCAUUUCACUUUCCGUCUCCAUGACAAAGUGGUAGAAACCAGUCGUCUAGUUGGGCAGUCGAUCCACCCAACCAAAAGCAGCUCGGUCGUCGUCAUCGAUAGCCCAAGCGAUGUCGACUACCACUUUGACUGUUCCACAGCGCAGGUCUCUAUCAGUCACGAUGUCGAGAUUGUCUUUUCAGCGUCUUCUUCUUCUUCUUCCUCUUCUCCUUCUUCUUCUUCUUCCUCCUCCUCCUCGUCUUCAUCGCUGUCGUCUUCGUCAUCUUCGUCUUCACUGUCGUCCUCGUCGUCGGUUCUUGAAAGCGGCAGAGUCGUCGAGCUCCCUGUGCGGAUUCCUCACACAUACAACCCCAUGAGUACGUGCGUGCCUCCUGCUGUCCGGUCUGCUCGCUCCGAGCGGGUUGAACAGCAUCGGACUCAGCCGCAUAUCCGCAUCACGCCCAUCAAGGACACCGAAUUUGGUCCGAGCAGCGAUAUGCUCUCGCGCCGUCGAUUCUCCGAGCCUCACCAGCUGCUUCAUUUCCAACGCAACGUCCGCGGCCAACGUCCCGUCAGCUCGCCCCAGGUGUCAACGCUGCCUUCAUUGCUUGUUCCCUCGUCUCCCACUCGGUCACAUCGCUCGGCCGGCGAGCCGCACAGCCCCGCCAGUCCUCGCAGCCCUCACGGAGUCAACAUCCUAUUCUCGCCUCCGUCUUCGGGUCCGCUCGCCCCAGUCCAUGUCGUGAGUCGACCGCGCGCUCCCUCCAAUCCCGAGCUGCGGAUGCCUCUCCGUGCAGACGGACCGCCGGCCAAACCAGCGACGCUGCAGCCUGGUCCCUUCUAUGCCGCCAACUCCCACCGCCGGUCCAACUCGGACUGGCACAACCGCAACGGCUCGUCCGGCGGGGAUCGACCUGCCGUCAGCUCAACCCUCAUUGGGUCUGACUCGUCGAGCACGCCGUACCUGCAGACUUCGUCGGGGCAGCUCAUCCCGUCACGGCCCGCCGAUAGUAUGCCUCCAGCAUCCAAGCGCACCAAACCUCAUUUGAGCAUCAAUACCUCAUUUGGUCGCCCCGCAACGCCGCCCGGAGCCACACACGAGGCCGUUCAAAGUCGCUGGGCCCCUGGCAAGCGCAACGAGUCGAUCCGGUCGGUCUCUCAGAUGGGCGUCUCUCCGACGGCCAUGCGAGACUCGGCCUGUCUGCUCGGCAAGCGACUUUUGGCCCAGCGCAACUAUGACAAGACCCGCGAUGACGAGAUAUCGAUCCAUCAAGGCGAUUUGAUUGCCAUCAGACAUAUCUGGCCGGAUGGCUGGGCAACGGGAUAUAAUACCCGCACCAACGAAAGCGGCAUCUUCCCACUUGGAGCUCUCGCCAAGGAGCUACCUCGCAUCAGCCAGGCGAUGCACCGCGGCAGUCCCGCUCCUCGUGCGAACCAGAACCAUCCUCGCGGAGGCCAAGCCUCGUUCCGCGCCUCUCAGACACGCCUCCCUCCAUCGGCCACAUCGCCGCGCAGCCCCCUGGCACCGGAGCGGAUCUACAAACCCGCUAUGCCCCAGAGCCCGUUGACGCCGAGCGAGACUGAGCGGCAUCCCUUUUCCUAUCCCAACCGACCUCCGUCCAAGGCCGGCUCUAUCUAUGACGAAAAGCAGCCUCUGACAGGCUCCCUCCCGGCAACCCCCGUCUCUUCGGGCUUGAACGGCGAUUUUGCAUCACCCAUCUUGUCAGCCCUCAGCCACAUCUCCUACACGAUCCCGCCCCUGAAAGGUCCUCCUCCGAGCGGGCCGCUUCCGGCCCUGCCGACAGACUAAGCGCAUCGGGCAUUCUUUUGAUCUCCUGCGUGGUAGCAUCCUUUUCUCUUCCAUUUCUUCUGCUUUGUUGUUUGUUCAAUAUCCGAUCUAUGUAGACUGCAUUCUCUCCUCCUCCUCCUCCUCUUGAGGAGUAACCCCCUAUCCGUAUUUAUUGGUCAACGAACCUCCCUCUCCACUUCCGGCUUUGUAUUUUCUUACAGCACAACAUACUUACCGUGCUGUCAGCGGCGCCAUGUAGUCUUUGUCUCGAUAGCUUGUCCAUAAUGCAACUGGCACCCUGGAUUUUUGACACCAAUAGUCUUUUCUUUUCUUCGUUUUCGUAUGGAUGGUUGAAUACCCGGUAUUCAGUCAAAAACACGAUGUGUAUUGCUUU